AAUAAUACAGUUUUAUAUUUAUUGUUAUUAACUUUGCAUUGGUCCGUUAGUUGAAUAUUCAAACACCCCUGUAACGAAAGAUUUCAUUGGUCGAUGUGUGUUGGUCUGGUUGCCAAGAGACGGCUGUUGAUCGGCGCAACUAAAGAUGUCGUCGAGUUUUUCCGCAAACCAGUAUGACAACGCUUUCAAGUCGAAUAAACUCCAGAACUGGACAGUACCAAAACACUACAAAGAGAAACCGUCGCCAGCAGAAGGACACACUAAAUUUAUAGCUACAGACAGAGGACACCUGCUUCCUGGUGUGAAGCGUGGAUGUCCCUGGACCUCAUUCCAGGGGACCUGGGACUUACCAAGUCAUAUCCCUCCAGUUCACAUUAACCCUACAGCACGCUCACAGGAGGGCCAGCAGCGCCUCAGGGCAUGGGGACAGGUGAAGCACCUGGUUCCAUCAGCCUCUAGCAAACUAAAUGAAACCAAUGAAAACAGCAAGACACCACAGUGUGAGGGCACUGGUGGUGAUUGUCAGCGUGAGGGUUUUUCUGUGAGUAAUCCUGCUCCAGAUGGACCCGAACUGGAAAGGACCAUAUCACAGGCCAGUCAAGUUCAGUCUAGACCAGCAACUCAGCAAAGCCAAGCUCAGUUUAGACCAGCAACUCAGCAAAGCCAAGUUCAGUCUAGACCAGCAACUCAGCAAAGCCAUGCUGAGCCUCAACCAGCCUCUACACAAAGCGAGCCCAAGUCCAGACCACUGACGCAGGCCAGCCAAGCUUAGUCCAGACCAGAAAUCAAGAUUAGUAGAGCAGCCAGUGUAUAAAACAAAUAGCUACAAAGCAGUGUAAUGAUAGUAUGAUUUGAUUUAGAUUUGAUAGUAUGACUUAGAAGAAAAUUCAGAUCUCUACUUGAAAGAACAAGAAUACUGGAAUACUGUGCUGGAGGUUGUCUUUUGAUUUAUAUCUAAGUUUAAAAAAAUGUUGAAGUUACUGGUGCAAAUCUGACUUUGUUUAUUGACAGUCACAAUCUGCAUACAGUUACAAACAUACUAUGUUCUUUAAUAUAAGCUUAAUGAUGUUCUCAUGUAGUUGAAUGAAAAUGUUUGCAUCCUGCUUGUUUUUUGGGUGGAAAAAGUUGAGUUAGGAGUCAACAGGAUCAGAUAAACAACCACGAGACCUGCAACAAAAUGGUGUGGUAUCAAAAUGUUUAGGAAUAGUUACCAUAUAUAUCAUAAAUGGAAGAAACGACAAGAAAAGACACUAAAGUGGAAAGGAACAAAAAUAA